AUGAGAUCUUGCAUUUGGGUUGACAAUUUGGCUACUGGCUUAGACUGCCUUCCACUGCCACUUCAAUCACGUUGACUGAAUAUAUAAAUAUUUUCAUAAUUGCCAUUAGCUUCGGCUACUGAUCUCGUUUAACGCAUUUACACGUACUGGCGUACACACAUAUGCACAUUUGGUUAGAUCUACAUACUCAUCGUAGGUACAGUGCAAAUAAGCGUAAUAGUGAAAAUUAAUUGAAAUUGAUUGUGCUGAUCUUUAGACGCGACGCUUCCUUGCGUGCUAUUCAAGCAUUUGGGUUUUAGUCGUGAUUUGUCAGUUGCUGCGAUUUGUAGAACAAAUUUUUCUGCUACUAAAGAAUAUUUCGCGCGAAAAAGCAAGUUUUACAUAGAGAGAACAAGUAAACAAUCAGUCGGUCUGGUAACUCAAGAAUAUUUAAUAAUUGCAAAUUGCACAUUUUUUGGAAGGCUGUUUUGAAAUUUCGCCGAAAAUGUGUGAAUUUAAAGAAAAGCAAGGCAAUAGUGCACCUGCAGAGAGUACAAAAUUAACAAUUGCCACAAUUGAAGGCGGCAAUGUGAUCGCCAGCAUGCCAGAGCCCGUUAAAGGCGCUGAGUAUUUUGAAAGUGCUCUGGAGGCUACAACUUUUGGCAAAUUUAAUUACAUACUCAUAUUGGUGUCCGGUUUAAUAUUGGCCAAUGUCUUACUCGAAACUUUGGGCAUCAGUUUCGUUUUGCCUGUUUCACAAUGCGAUCUCAACUUGACCAUACAGGAGCGUGGCAUAUUGAGCGCAAUCGGUUUUGCUGGAAUUAUUAGCAGCUCACAUCUUUGGGGAUUCUUAGCCGAUACAACAGGUCGUCGAAAUGUUAUACGACCAACAUUGCUGUUGGGUUUUGUAGUAACGGUCGUCUCAAGUUUCGCUACAAGUUUCUGGUUAAUGGUCAUAUUGCGUUAUAUCAAUGGGUUUUGCAUUUCCGGCGGUUCGGCAACAAUUUAUGCAUUUCUGGGUGAAUUUCACACAGCCAAGAAUCGUUCACGCGCCAUUAUGGGUUCUGCUUUUAUCUUUGGCGUUGGUUCUAUGCUGAUGCCUUGCAUAGCCUGGUUGGUCAUCAAUCAGGAAUGGCGUUUUGUGAUACCCUACCUGGGCAUAACCUACAAGCCAUGGCGUUUCUUUAUGGUGGUUUGCGGCAUACCCGGCUUCCUGUGUGGCUUGGCCUUAUUCAAAAUACCAGAGAGUCCAAAAUUUUUGCUGAGCCAAGGUAAAGACGAGAAGACGCUAGAAAUAUUGCAAAUGAUGUUUCAUGUGAAUACCUGUCGGCCGCAUGAUCAAUAUCCGAUAUCCCAUGUAGUUGAGGACAUUGAUAGUGCCAUGAGUCCGAAAGUGAAGCGCGAGCGGAUUUCAAAUCCCGCCGUCGCACUUCUUCGCUCUAUGUGGGACCAAACGCAACCGCUCUUCAAUCGCGAGUACAUGCGCACCACCAUACUCAUUUGCUCCAUACAAUUUUGGAUCUUUGUCACUUCAAAUGGCAUGUACAUGUGGUUUCCGCACAUACUCAAUAGUGUAGCUGAGUUUAUGAAUGAGAAUCCCGGCAAUCGUACUUAUAUGUGUCAGAUCGUUUAUAGCAAACAGCAGAGUAUUUUUGAUGCUGAGAAUGCGCAUGGCGCCGCCGUGAGUGAUGGUGUAACGGAAACGGCAACACAAUGCAUAGAGAAGUUAGAAAUAUCCACCUAUCAACACUCAUUGGUUUUGGAGGUGCUCUAUGCGGUGGGUUUUGCACUCAUUGGAGGAAUUAUCAAUAAAGUGGGCAAGCAGGUUAUACUUUUUGUCUGUCUAGUCGCCUGUGGUGCUUGUGGCAUUGCCGCAACAUAUGCCGAUAUACCCAUGGUCGCUAUAUAUCUCUAUGUUGUACUGUUGCUUUGCGGUUUGGGCAUCAAUGUCUUGAGCGCCGCCACCGUGGAUCUGUACCCUACGAGAUUGAGAGCUAUGGCCGUAUGUAUUUCUCUUAUGAUGGGUCGCUUGGGCAGUGUUGUGGGCGCCAACGUGUUUGGUGCGCUACUAAGCCAUCACUGUGAGAGCGCCUUCAUCGUUUCGGGCGUAACGUUGAUUCUGAGUGGUUUCCUUGGAUUUUUCGUUACAAAGAAGGGCAAACCAAGCGGGAAGUCAGGGGUAUGGCGUCGCACAAGUCUAAUCUCGAUGACGGGGAACUAAUUGACUACGAGUAUGGCUCUUACAAUGGAAAGCUUCCUGCAAAUUUAGAAUUUAACUUUCAUUAGAAGUGUUUUAUUUUUAUUGCUUACUGGUUCGCCACGCACUUUUGCCCUUAAAAAGUCUGAUUGUAAAUUACAGAUGACCUGAUAGUUUUGUUAGCGCUGCAAGUAUUAUAUAUAUAUAUGUAUAAUAUAUAUGUUUGUACAUAACUAAAUGCUAUGAGUUAGCACUUUUAGUAAGUAGAUGAAUACUUAGUUGUAAGAAAUUGCUGUUUUAAAGCAAUCGCAAGUUAUUUUUGUAUUUUAUAAGAAAUUUGUAAU